AUGGAGCAAGUUAGCCUGGCCACAAAAACACCCAGCAAUGUCAUCACAUGCAAGGCAGCUGUUGCCUGGACAGCAAAUGCCCCUCUGUCCAUUGAGGAGGUUCAAGUUGAUCCACCAAAGGCUGGCGAGGUUCGAAUUAAGAUUAUAUCCACCGGGAUCUGUGGUACUGAUAACCACAUCCUGGAAGGGAAAAACAAAGUACCGCUUCCUGCCAUCUUGGGCCAUGAAGGAGCUGGGAUUGUGGAGAGUGUCGGGCAAGGCGUAACUACCUUAAAGCCAGGAGAUAAAGUCUUAGCGUUGCCUCUUCCGGAAUGUAGGGAGUGUGUCUAUUGCCUCCACCCUAAGGGCAACUUCUGCAAGAAAGAGAAUGUUCUCUCUCCAACCGGAUUAAUGUUGGAUGGAACCAGCAGAUUUACCUGCAGAGGGAAGAAAAUCUAUCAUCUUUACGGGACCAGCACAUUCACAGAAUAUACUGUGGUAGAUGAAAUUGCCCUGGUGAAAAUUGAUGAUGCCGCUCCUAUGGAUAAAGUCUGUAUUUUAAGCUGUGAGGUGCCGACAGGCUUUGGAGCUGUGUUUAAUACAGCACAGGUCACCCCUGGCUCUACAUGUGUGGUGUUUGGACUUGGAGGGAUCGGCUCUGCCAUUGUCAUGGCCUGCAAAGCCUCUGGUGCUUCUAGAAUCAUCGGGGUUGACAUCAAUGAGCAGAAGUUUCCCCGGGCAAGAGCCUUGGGUGUCACUGAUUGUCUCAACCCUAACAAGCUCGAGAAACCCGUCCAGGAGGUGGUGAUGGAAAUGACCGGUAUUGGUGCUGAUUUUGCGUUCGAGGCAAUCGGCCUCAUUGAAACCAUGGUCGCAGCUUUGAAGUCAUGCGUUGUGAGCUACGGGGUGUGUGUGAUUAUGGGAGUUGCUCCCUCAGGGUCACAGCUCUCAUUUGAUCCAGCGGUGCUUCUCCCCGGGAGAACCUUGAAAUCUUCUGUUAUGGGAGGGUAUAAAACCAGAGAUGGCAUCCCUAAACUAGUAACUGACUACUUACAAAAAAAAAUCAACACAGAUGCUCUUAUAACCCAUAAGCUGCCUUUUGAAAAAGUCAAUGAAGCGUUCAAAUUGUUACGAGAGGGAAACUGCAUCCGCUGCGUCCUCACACUCUAA